CGGCACUAAGUUGACAGACGACAGAGAUGAUAACCCCACUUUUUUUAAACCUUGACAUUAGAUUGUUGUACUUUAUUUAAAAUUAAGUGACAACCUUGUGUGUGGUGUCAGCUAUAUAAGUUAUAUUAUACAGUUGGAAAAUAGGAACUUGAAAUGGAGAGGUUGUCGGCUAGUUUACAGCCCCACAAGGAACUUGUAGGGUCCAUAGCAAGUAUAGUUACUAUUUUGCAGUUUUUUACGGGAGCCUUUUUAAUUAAGGACAUUUAUAAAAAGCAAAGUACAGAGGGGAUACCUGCUAUACCAUUUAUUGGGGGUAUAGUCAUAGGAUCAUUGACCUUAAAGUAUGCUCAAAUUCUAAACGACCCUGCAAUGUUGCAAGUAAACGUUUUCGCCAUAAUUCUCAACUCCAUUUAUUUAAUGGUUUAUUUUGCGUACUCGAAAGAUAGAGUCAAGGAAGUUUGGCAACCUGUUUCCGUCGGCGUUGCCAUUGCUGCCGUUUUUCUUGGCUACGCCGCUGUGGAAAGCCCGGCAAAUUUGGAAUUUAGAUAUGGAUUGGCUGUCACUGUGCUUAUGCUGCUCCUUGUGGCAUCCCCAUUAAUGGAUGUAGCUGAAAUUAUUAGUAACAAAGAUGCUUCAAGUAUUCCUUUCCCAAUGACACUUAUGGGUUCCCUAGUCUCUUUUCUAUGGUUAAUUUAUGGAAUUAUUCUACUUAACAAUUUUAUGAUUGUACAAAACAUAAUUGGUUUUUUGCUGUGCAUGGUACAACUGGUUUUGAUCCAAUUAUAUCCUGGUAAACCAAAAAAUAAAAAAAUCAGCAAAAGCAAAAAUAAAUCGCAAUAGGUUUAAAACAAGUUUAGUAUUAUUUUAAAAUAAUUUUAUUCCAGGUGAACCCAAGUGAUUAUUAUACAUACCCGUAAUUUUAUAUUUAUUGAUAUUGUUAAAAAUAUACAACUUUAAAUUUUAUUUAACAAACCUGGUGUUUUAUUUGUUUGGUAUUUGUCAAUGUCAAUUUUUGUUGUAAUUUUUUUGUGGCAAUAAAAGUGAUAGAAAAAAUUUGCAAUGGAUAAGUUAAAAGAAACUUUUGAACCGCAUAUGGAUCAGCUGGGCCAGGCAGCAUCCGCGGCCACUAUAGCUGGAGCCAUAUACUGCUUUUCCAAAAUUAUACAAGUGGUCCAGACUAAACAAGCUGAUAAAAUAAGAAUACAUACCUAUAUUGAUAAUAUUUUAAUAUCAGCAAUCAUUCUAAAACACUGCAUGAUUACCGACGACUCCUACAAAUGGCAAGCAAAUGUGGUAAUGUGUCCUCUAUAUUUGAUAUUCUUUGGCGUUUGGGCAAUGUAUGCUCAUUCCAAAUUGAUGUGGGCCUUACAAAGAUUUGCUGCUGAGGCAGUAGUACUGGCAGCCCUAUUGGGAUAUGCUUAUUAUAAAGAAGACGACGAAAACUUUAAGGACAACUUUGAGAUAGCAACUUCUGUAAUUAUUGUUGUUUUAACUUUCCUGAAGGUGCCUGAAUUGGCUCAUAUGUUCAAAAACAAAUCAAUUUGCUUAUCUGGCGCUGGAACUCUGGACUCUAUUACCGCUUUUAUGGCAGUUUUGGUCGAUGUUUUAUGGGUGUGCUAUGCUAUCGCUGCAGGGCAAGAAUUCAUCCAUUUUAUUAUGCAAGAAGUAGUAAGGGCACUCUUCCAUCUCUUUCAAUUAUUUUUGGUUAUUCAAUUCGAUAAACCCGAAACAGCUUGAAUGUAUCACGCUUUGUCAAUAAAAUUUAUCGUGUA